UUGUUUGUAUGUUAACAGCAUUUAACCAAGAGCUGAAGACAUUUCAACUUUAUCAAAUAUUUUCAUGUAUAAUAAAUAUUUUAAAUAGUGUUUAACUGAAAUAGUAAGUGAAAGUAGUAGUGAAACUGAAAGUAAAUUCGACAACUAUUUUAUGUAGCUUCACACGAGACAGCUCAACAGCAGGAGAAAUGAGUUGUGAUGGCGACCAACAGACAAUGCAGUCCUCAGAUGAUGUGCUGCCCCCUCCUGGUGACAUCCAGGUCCUGUUGCUGACAUUAGAUUCUGUGUCUCUGAGCUGGAGUUCUCCUCAGGGGCUGACAGGACCACAGACAUUCAGAGUGACCUGGGGGUGUGACGGUGAAACAAGCUCAACAAGAGUGAAAGAUGUGUAUCAUCUUAAAAUAAGCAGUCUCAAACCUGGUGAAAAGUACCAGUUCAACAUGGCUACAGAGGGAGAAGAUGGAAGACAAAGCAGAUGGGUGUCAGCAUCCCUAUCCACAGUGGUCACACCCAGAGAUUUAAAGAUAGACCAUUUGGAAGAAACCUCCUUCACUCUCCACUGGUCCAAGGCUGAAGGGAUGGAGAAAGUCCCACAGCGCUUCUUCAUAUCCAACUGCAUCCCAGGAACAUUCCCCCUCACAGACGUUACUGACGACUGCCACAAAACCUUCUCAAACCUGCAUCCUGGCACAGAGUACACUGUUAGUGUUGCAACUGUGCUGAGCAAUGGGGAACAGAGUGAACCUGUCUCUACAACAAUCUGCACUAUACUUCCUGCUCCAGACCAGCUGACUGUUGACUCAGUGGACACCACAUCAGCUGCUGUUAGCUGGAGUCAGCCACCAGGAUUGGACCAAACCCAAUAUCAUUACCAGAUCUCCUACCGCUGUCCAGGGACAGAACCACACAUCACUAGCACAUCUUCACCCAGCAUCACUCUCUCUGACCUGAAACCUGCUACUGAAUACUCAGUCACUGUCUGCACUGAGCUGGAAAAUGGAAAGCAAAGUCAACUGGUGUUAACAACCUUCACCACAGUACCCACUGCUCCUGGCCAGCUGACUGUUGACACCACAUCAGCUACUGUUAGCUGGAACCAGCCACCAGGAUUGGACCAGACCCAACAUCAUUACCAGAUCUCCUACCGCUGUUCAGGGACAGAACCACACAUCACUACCACAUCUUCACCCAGCAUCACUCUCUCUGACCUGAAACCUGCGACUGAAUACUCUGUCACUGUCUGUACUGUGCUGGAAAAUGGAAAGAAAAGCCGACUGGUGUCAACAACCCUCACAACAAUACUUCCUGCUCCAGACCAGCUGACUGUUGACUCAGUGGACACCACAUCAGCUGCUGUUAUCUGGAACCAGCCACCAGGAUUGGACCAGACCCAACAUCAUUACCAGAUCUCCUACCGCUGUCCAGGGACAGAACCACACAUCACUACCACAUCUUCACACAGCAUCACUCUCUCUGACCUGAAACCUGCUACUGAAUACUCUGUCACUGUCUGCACUGUGCUGGAAAAUGGAAAGCAAAGUCGACUGGUGUCAACAACCCUCAGCACAAUACUUCCUGCUCCAGACCAGCUGACUGUUGACUCAGUGGACACCACAUCAGCUGCUGUUAGCUGGAACCAGCCACCAGGAUUGAACCAAACCCAACAUCAGUACCAGAUCUCCUACCGCUGUCCAGGGACAGAACCACACAUCACUACCACAUCUUCACCCAGCAUCACUCUCUCUGACCUGAAACCUGCUACUGAAUACUCAGUCACUGUCUGCACUGUGCUGGAAAAUGGAAAGCAAAGUCGACUGGUGUCAACAACCCUCACCACAGUACAUUUUCAGUGGUGGAAGAGAACCUCCAGAGUUGCUGCAGUGUGUGUUCUACUGGCUGUGAUCAUUGGCCUGUGGGAUUCCUAUGCAACUGCAGAGCGAGACCAGCUACAGAAUAGUCUAAAUACCAGGACUACAGAGAGAGACCAGCUACAGAAUAGUCUAAAUACCAGGACCACAGAGAGAGACCAGCUACAGAAUAGUCUAAAUACCAGGACCACAGAGAGAGACCAGCUACAGAAUAGUCUAAAUACCAGGACCACAGAGAGAGACCAGCUACAGAAUAGUCUAAAUACCAGGACCACAGAGAGAGACCAGCUACAGAAUAGUCUAAAUACCAGGACCACCGAGAGAGACCAGUCACAGAAUAGUCUAAAUACCAGGACCACUGAAAUAGACAAGUUGAUGAAGAGUCUGAACACUACAACUAUGGAGCGUGACCAGCUACAGAAGGAGAAAGAAAGGCUGAACUGGACGAACAAUGGGCCCUGUCCUGAAGGAUGGAGAAGGUUUGGCUGCAGCUGUUACUACCUCUCUACUGAGGGGAAAUCCUGGGAGGAGAGUAGACAGGACUGUCUGGAGAGAGGAGCAGAUCUGGUGAUCAUUAACAGUGAAGAGGAACAGACAUUCAUCAAUGGGUUUGAAUCAGUCCUUUUUGCCUGGAUUGGUCUGACUGACUCUGUUACUGAGGGGACCUGGAAAUGGGUGGACGACACCCCACUGACCACCCCAAGGUAAGAGACUACGGAUCUAUAAUAACACUGACCACCCCAAGGUAAGAGACUACUGAUCUAUAAUAACACUGACCACCCAAAGGUAAGAGACUACUGAUCUAUAAUAACACUGACCACCCCAAGGUAAGAGACUACUGAUCUAUAAUAACACUGACCACCCCAAGGUAAGAGACUACUGCUCUAUAAUAACACUGACCACCCCAAGGUAAGAGACUACUGCUCUAUAAUAACACUGACCACCCAAAGGUAAGAGACUACUGAUCUAUAAUAACACUGACCACCCCAAGGUAAGAGACUACUGAUCUAUAAUAACACUGACCACCCAAAGGUAAGAGACUACUGAUCUAUAAUAACACUGACCACCCCAAGGUAAGAGACUACUGAUCUAUAAUAACACUGACCACCCCAAGGUAAGAGACUACUGAUCUAUAAUAACACUGACCACCCCAAGGUAAGAGACUACUGAUCUAUAAUAACACUGACCACCCAAAGGUAAGAGACUACUGAUCUAUAAUAACACUGACCACCCCAAGGUAAGAGACUACUGAUCUAUAAUAACACUGACCACCCAAAGGUAAGAGACUACUGAUCUAUAAUAACACUGACCACCCCAAGGUAAGAGACUACUGAUCUAUAAUAACACUGACCACCCCAAGGUAAGAGACUACUGCUCUAUAAUAACACUGACCACCCCAAGGUAAGAGACUACUGCUGUAUAAUAACACUGACCACCCCAAGGUAAGAGACUACUGCUCUAUAAUAACACUGACCACCCCAAGGUAAGAGACUACUAAUCUAAUAACACUGACCACCCCAAGGUAAGAGACUACUGCUCUAUAAUAACACUGACCACCCCAAGGUAAGAGACUACUGAUCUAUAAUAACACUGACCACCCCAAGGUAAGAGACUACUGCUCUAUAAUAACACUGACCACCCCAAGGUAAGAGACUACUACUCUAAUAACACUGACCACCCCAAGGUAAGAGACUACUACUCUAAUAACACUGACCACCCCAAGGUAAGAGACUACUGCUCUAUAAUAACACUGACCACCCCAAGGUAAGAGACUACUGAUCUAUAAUAACACUGACCAUCCCAAGGUAAGAGACUACUGCUCUAUAAUAACACUGACCACCCCAAGGUAAGAGACUACUAAUCUAAUAACACUGACCACCCCAAGGUAAGAGACUACUGCUCUAUAAUAACACUGACCACCCCAAGGUAAGAGACUACUGAUCUAUAAUAACACUGACCACCCCAAGGUAAGAGACUACUGCUCUAUAAUAACACUGACCACCCCAAGGUAAGAGACUACUGCUCUAUAAUAACACUGACCACCCCAAGGUAAGAGACUACUGCUCUAUAAUAACACUGACCACCCCAAGGUAAGAGACUACUGCUCUAUAAUAACACUGACCACCCCAAGGUAAGAGACUACUGCUCUAUAAUAACACUGACCACCCCAAGGUAAGCGACUACUGUUCUAUAAUAACACUGACCACUCCACGGUAAGAGACUACUGCUCUAUAAUAACACUGACCACCCCAAGGUAAGAGACUACUGCUCUAUAAUAACACUGACCACCCCAAGGUAAGAGACUACUGCUCUAUAAUAACACUGACCACCCCAAGGUAAGAGACUACUGCUCUAUAAUAACACUGACCACCCCAAGGUAAGAGACUACUGAUCUGUAAUAACACUGACCACCCCAAGGUAAGAGACUACUGCUCUAUAAUAACACUGACCACCCCAAGGUAAGAGACUACUAAUCUAAUAACACUGACCACCCCAAGGUAAGAGACUACUGCUCUAUAAUAACACUGACCACCCCAAGGUAAGAGACUCCUGCUCUAAUAACACUGACCACCCCAAGGUAAUAUACUACUGCUCUAAUAACACUGACCACCCCAAGGUAAGAGACUACUGCUCUAUAAUAACACUGACCACCCCAAGGUAAGAGACUACUGCUCUAUAAUAACACUGACCACAGUGGAAGGAGUAGGACUGAUUCUCUGUGUUGUUCAUACUCUAGGUUCUGAGAAGGUGACCAGUCUAACUCUGUGUUAUUCAUACUCUAGGUUCUGAGAGAGUGGUCAGUCUAACUCUGUGUUGUUCAUACUCUAGGUUCUGAGAGAGUGGUCAGUCUAACUCUGUGUUGUUCAUACUCUAGGUUCUGAGAGAGUGGUCAGUCUAACUCUGUGUUGUUCAUACUCUAGGUUCUUAGAGAGUGGUCAGUCUAACUCUGUGUUAUUCAUACUCUAGGUUCUGAGAGAGUGGUCAGUCUAACUCUGUGUUGUUCAUAUUCUAGGUUCUGAGAAGGUGACCAGUCUAACUCUGUGUUAUUCAUACUCUAGGUUCUGAGAGAGUGGUCAGUCUAACUCUGUUGUUCAUACUCUAGGUUCUGAGAGAGUGGUCAGUCUAACUCUGUGUUGUUCAUACUCUUGGUUCUGAGAGAGUGGUCAGUCUAACUCUGUGUUAUUCAUAUUCUAGGUUCUGAGAGAGUGGUCAGUCUAACUCUGUGUUAUUCAUACUCUAGGUUCUGAGAAGGUGACCAGUCUAACUCUGUGUUAUUCAUACUCUAGGUUAUGAGAGAGUGGUCAGUCUAACUCUGUGUUGUUCAUACUCUAGGUUCUGAGAGAGAGGUCAGUCUAACUCUGUGUUGUUCAUAUUCUAGGUUCUGAGAGAGUGGUCAGUCUAACUCUGUGUUGUUCAUACUCUAGGUUCUGAGAGAGUGGUCAGUCUAACUCUGUGUUGUUCAUACUCUACGUUCUGAGAGGGUGACCAGUCUAACUCUGUGUUAUUCAUACUCUAGGUUCUGAGAAGGUGACCAGUCUAACUCUGUUGUUUCUUCUGCAGGUAUUGGAGGAUUGAACAUCCUCGUGGUGGUACACUCCAGAACUGUGCAUUCAUCCAUCACAUGUCAUCAGGCCAAGGACAAUGGUGGAGUUUUGAUUGUUCCUCUUCACAACAGUGGAUCUGUGAGAAAUAGGCUUCUCUUAGGUACUUUCUCUACACUGCUGAUUAAUGAACUCUACUGUAUGUAAUGAUGGUCUGAAGACUGGUGUGUUUUGAUAGAAUGGUACUCUGAACUACAGGUCGGAGAGAAACACAUGCACACAUUCAGACACACCAACAUACAGGACCUGAACAAGAGUCUCCCACGAGAGAAACGACACCUUUAUUAGAAAUUCCCUUUUGGGCCGAGAGCUGACACUGAUUUUGAAGUUGCAGGCAGGGCUACCUCAUCACUUGACCAUGAACAACCAAUCAUGACUGACUCAUGUCUGCUACACAAGCCGACACACAAUCAUUUAUUCAUAUGUCAAACAAUGAUGUGUAGAAUAUAGAUAUCAUUCAAUAGCCACUGUCAAUCAAUUACUGUUAAGUUCUACAUUUCUAAAUACAUUUAAAAUGACUGUAUAUGUUUAUUAGUUAUACAGUAUGUCUGCUUCUUGUGCUUUUAUCAUUCCGUACUUAAACGUGUACUUCCUGCUUAUUCAAUAAAUCAUUUAAUCUUUUUUAAAGACA